UUAUUUACCUAACCUCGCGCAGCAGAUCUGCAACUUGCAAGACACAUAUAGCAGUAGGGAAAUAGACAUCCUGUUGUCGGCGGCUCGUCUUGCAGCGGCGGCAGCAGCGAUUGACAAACAAAUAUCCUCUAGUCCGCAAUGACGUAAAAAAGCAGGCGAUGACUCGAACGUUAGGCCAAUAAAUCAGUGCACUUUACAAUAGAAAAAUCAAUCUUGGCUGUGUUUUCGUCUUCUUCAUCUUCUUCUUUUUUUCAAACUCUUGAAGUAUUAGCAUAUAGAGUGUAUAACAAUACACACAUACAGUAUUAGCAAAAAAACAAUGAGCAACAAGGUGCUGUCAAUGAAUCGCGUACGCGGAUACGUCUGCCUGUUGUAUUUUUGCGUGAUAAUAGCGCACGCCAACGAGCAGCAGGAUGAAAAACCGCAACAAGACUGCGGCUGCGGCAAAAAUCUCAAUAGACAGAGCGGCGACAAUAAGCUCGACGAAGGCUCUUGUCCUGUCAAAAGCAACGCGGAGGACUAUGACGAGCUCGACGACGAGAUCGUCAAGCCCAUUCACAAGGCCGUGCUCACCGCUAAUAUGGCCGAGAUCAAAGCCGGAGUCUAUCACAUCGGCACCGACCAGCCGUUUUUCGUCAACGACGGUGAAGGUCCCAGACGAGCCGUUGACAUAGACGGCUUCUUCAUGGAUAAGUACGAAGUGAGCAAUGCGAAUUUCGAGGAGUUUGUCAAAGCUACUGGUCACAAGACCGAGGCUGAAGUUUUUGGAGACUCCUUCGUUUUUGAAGGACUGCUCAGUGAAAAAACUAAAAGUACCAUUGACCAAGCUGUAGCUGCAGCACCUUGGUGGCUACCGGUGAAAGGUGCUUCGUGGAAAAAUCCUGAAGGAUUAGAUUCUUCUAUCAAAGAUCGAAUGGAUCAUGCAGUUAUUCAUGUUUCGUGGAACGAUGCAGUGGCAUAUUGUAAGUGGAUGGGCAAAAGACUUCCAACAGAAGCUGAGUGGGAAGUUGCAUGUAGAGGAGGACUCAAGGAUAGAUUAUAUCCAUGGGGAAAUAAAUUGACACCAAACGAUGAGCAUAGAACCAAUAUUUGGCAAGGUGAAUUCCCAACAAACAACACUGAGGAGGAUGGAUUUUUUGGCACCUCUCCAGUAACUCACUUUCCUCCCAAUGGCUACGACAUUUACAAUAUAGUUGGAAAUGUUUGGGAAUGGACAUCUGAUUGGUGGCAACCUUCUCAUGAUGUGGGAACUCUUAAAAAUCCUAAAGGAGCAGUCUCGGGUAAAGAUAAGGUGAAGAAAGGUGGAUCGUAUCUCUGCCAUCACAGCUAUUGCUACAGAUACAGAUGUGCUUCCAGAAGUCAAAAUACUCCUGAUACUUCAGCUGGGAACCUUGGUUUUCGGUGUGCAGUAUCUGCAUAAAAAAUGUGCAUUCCAACAUGAGCUUUCCUAAAAGAUAUUUUUACAUUUUAUACAAAUAGAACAGCUUCACAAGUUAUUUUGUUAUUAUUUUAAUGUUAUCAGUAUUUUUGAUUAUUUUAUUGAUGUUAAUGCUUUUCAACAAUUUGAAAGUUUAUCUUACCAUAGCUACAAUAUGAAUAAAAGCUUUGGACUACAAUUCUAUAAGUAUUAGACAAAAACUUACUAUUAUUAGUAGAAUCUCCAAACUUUUUAAUAAAACAU